AUGUUUUCGCAAAGAGCAACUCAACAAUCGCUGCGCCGGCUCGCUGCUGGUCAGCCAUCACUUAUCUCACAAUUGGCAAUGAGGAAGCUCGCGGCACCUGCAGCCAUUGGCGCAUCAAUGCAAACCAGACCAGUAGCCACCCAAAAGUUAACCCCAAAAGAUAGCUACAACAUCCUCGUCGAGCAACGCAAACUCCGACCUGUCGCACCUCAUCUCACAAUCUACCAACCUCAAGUCCCUUGGAUUAUGUCUGCCCUCAAUCGUAUUACUGGUUGUAUUCUCUCGGGAGGUUUCUACGUUUUCGGCGCUGCAUAUCUUGCUUCGCCUUUAUUUGGAUGGCACCUGGAUACUGCCAGCAUGGUGGCUGCGUUUGGAGCUUGGCCCCUGGCGGCAAAGUUCCUGGCUAAGUUCACAUUAGCCAUGCCAUUCACAUAUCAUUCCUUCAACGGAAUAAGACAUUUGGCUUGGGAUAUGGGAAAGACUUUCAAGAACGCUACAGUUGUUAAGACAGGAUGGACAGUUGUUGGUUUGAGCGUUGGUAGUGCUUUGGCGUUGGUUGCUUUCUUCUAG